AUGGCUGACCCUUCCCCUGAAGCUGGAUCCAGUGAGGCAGCAAGCGAGGCAGCGUCCGACGCAGCGUCCGAGGCAGCAACCGGAGCAGCGUCCGAGGCAGCGUCCGAUGCAGCGACCGAGGCAGCUAGCGAUGCAGCUAGCGAGGCAGCGACCGCAGCAGCAACCGAAGCGCCAUCCGAUGCGGCAUCCGAAGCAGCAUCGGAUGCGGCAACCGAGGCAGCAACUGAAGCCGCAACUGGUAAGGUAUAA